AUGCAGCAGCUGAGGCGGCUAAGCUUCUUUGAUCGAACAAUAGUCGAAAGAACGCGAUAUGCUCAGCUACCGUGCGAUGAUUCAAUCAAUCCAAACACCGGCGGACUGAGCUCUGGCGCCGAGCAGCCGCCAUCAACCCAAGCCCAAGUGCAUGGCGCUGCAGCAGGGCCUUCCCGCUUAUCUCCGCUCCCUUCUUCGUCCAUUGUGUGUGCGGCGGGGACUGACGCCUACCUGUGGCUCGGCGAUGACGACGGCUUUUUGCACACACUGGACCAUGACUUCCAGCUACGGUCACUCAAAAGCUUUGACGUUUGCUUCGUUUCCAUGCAUGCGGCGGUUCACGCGAGCUGUAUCGUCUGCAUUGGGCGAGAUCUUCAAUCUGAAAAGCCGGGCAAGGGCCCUGUGGGUAAUGGAAUGGGUCAACUCGAAGACCCCAGGAUACGCCAGGGCGUGCUGAAGUAUAAAUGCUACAGCACUACGCAGGUCGACGGCAAGGGAAAUCCAGUCCUCCUCCGGGAAGCAGGACUGUUCUCCAAAAUCCCAGAACAGGUUGUCGUGUGCUCUGAUAUUAACAUGAACUUCACUAUGCUAGCUGUCGGCACUGAAAGCGCGGGCGUCUGCCUCUUCCGUGGGGACUUGCUAAGGGAGAAGACGUGCCGGCUGCGAUUGAUGAAGGAGAACGAUGAAGCGGUUGCCAGCGUGCGCUUCCUGGCUUCCCAGUCAGAUUCAAAUACCCACUAUAUGCUCGUGUGCAACACCAGCUCGAUAGCCUGCUACGCCGUUACGCUAAAAGGAGAGCCGAAGGUUUGUCAUACGGACAGCGUAUCCACCGCUUCUCCUCAUGUUGUGGGGGCGUUGGCUUCCCUAGGCACGUUUGUCAUACAUCAUGGAGAGGGCAUAUUCUGCGUCGAUCCAGAGCAGGGCAACUUAUGGGCUCUUCCGAGCGAAGACCGCUGUCAUAUUUUGACAACCCAUAAAUCCUAUAUUGUAUCGGUGACAACGGAAGAAUCCUCUGCAGACGCUGAACCAACCCAUGCAGGUUCUGCCGAGAUCUUGCCCGAGAAAUUUUCACCGUUGCAAUCUAAAAGCUCCCAUCAAAUGCUCACUAUUCACCUCUGUUACCCUGAGCUCCGACUCAUUGCCUACUCCUCACCCAUGCGAGGAGUUCGCCACGUUGUCUCUGCAAUGGACACGCUGUUUGUAAUCGCUCGAGGAGGAGCCACAGAAAACAAUGUCUUGUUCGACGUUAAGGAAAAGAGCUUUGACGAGCGCUUGUGUAUUCUGCUUCGGAAGCGGCUAUUCAACUGGGCUGCAGAAGUCACCAUCAAAGAUCAUCAGCCGCAGCAAGUUUUGCAGGAGGUUUACCGGCUUCAUGGAGACUGGCUGUAUUCCAAGAACAUGCCGGAAAAGGCGGUAGAGAUGUACAUCAAAACUAUAGGAUUCCUAGAGCCUUCCGCAGUUAUCCAGAAGUUUCUCGAUGCCCAAGAAUUAAGCCACCUGGCGUUUUACCUGCUUCACCUUCACUUGGCAGGCUGCGCCAUGCAGCAGCACACACUGCUGUUUUUUAAGUGCACGGCCAGGCUGAAGGACGAUGCGCUACUUGCGAGCUUCCUUGAUGAUCCCCGCAUCAGCAAAACCUGCUCACUAAGCGUUGCGCUUAACGAGUGUCGCUUGAACGGCGACACAGCACUGGCAUGCGCAAUUGCAAGCCGCCAUGGGUACCAUGAUGAGCACCUCUCCUUGCUGUUAGAGACGAAGGAGUUUUCAAAAGCGGUGGACGUUCUGAAGCAGGUGGACGCCCCUACUGCGUGCUCCCUCUUACUGAAGCAUGGCAGCGACCUUCUCCGGCACAGCGCCAGUGACGUGCUUAUCCUGCUUAGCCAAUUUAUAAGCGACUAUCAUACCAGUGUCGAAGUCUUCAUCCCACUGUUUGUUGACGAUCCUGACUUGUUGUUGUUAUUCCUCUCCUUGCUGGCGCAUGGCCUCCCCGUUGCACGCCGUCUGGUUCGUGAGCACGAGACCCUCUGCAGUGACUCAAAGCUGCAAGAAGCUAUAGAAAAGGCGCGAACGGCCAUUGUUGCCUUCCCUUCGAUAUUCGGAUGCUCCCCAUUUUCUUCCUUGCUGGAGCUGCUUUUGCGUAGGCCCACGCACCUUCCAGCUGCCCAGCCCCUCUCUCACCGCUUACGAAAGCAAGUGGCGCGCGUCUCGCCAUGCCUUGCCGCAUGCCUGCGGCACAACGGAUGGCUCGCCGAGCAAGCAUUUGGGGAGUCGGACCAUGGUAUGCGCACAAACGAAGAGCAGUAUCGGUCAACGCUCUUGUGCACGAUCUUUGGUUUCGAGGAGGGGAUGUCCUUGGUGUGCGAAAAACAGCACGAGCUGCAGCUGCCAAUGGCCUACUUUGAGGCCAGCAACGACAUUCCAAGUCUUCUUCGGUUUUGCUUGAAAAACGGCUCUAAAGACCCCACUUUGUGGACCCAAACUUUGAAUAUUCUUGCUUCUCAAAGCGGAACGGAACGCCAAAUACGGGAAGUCCUGUUGCACAUUGAGCGGUAUCGCCUCUUACCCCCACUGACGGUUCUGGAAAUAUUGCAGCAGAGCCAGGUCGUUACUCUGGAUGCGGUUAAAGAUUUCUUUCUGCGAGCCAGUGACGAACUCACCGACCAACUCGAGAACGCGCAUGCGCUCCUGCAGAGCGACAGGGCAGAGGUUUCGCGAAUGGCCGAGGAAAUCGACCGUUUCAAGAGCAAAGCUCAGGUGUUCGAGUCCGAGCGGUGUGAUUUCUGCUUCCUUCCGAUGGAGCUGCCUUCCGUUCACUUUCGCUGUGGUCAUUCGUUCCAUACAUACUGCCUGAGCAGCAACACCGACACCAAGACACCGGCCCUCCAGACGGAGGGAAUGGCACAAGCAUCUUAUUGCUGUGCAGUCUGCACGCCGCAGUUCAAUGCCAAGAGAUUGUUGCACUCACAAAGAGAAAAAGAGGCAUGCAACACAGACGACUUCUUCAAAUUCCUUCGCGGCUCUACACAGGGGUUCGAUUUCAUUUUAAAUUGCUUUGGACGCGGCGUUUUGCCAACACCACUGAGAACGAUUGGACUGCUGUCGAAGGACGUAACUGGACUGGACCCCCUCCUUCGCAGCUACAUUUCUACUGGCGCUGAUAGAGAGGGCGGCAUUCUUUUGGAAAAUGUUGUACAGACGCCUGCUGCGGAUGUGCCUUCUGGGCCGGUGGGCCUGAGCACAUCACACGGCACUUCGGACCACUUCCCUGGGCCUUGGCCUCCUCUUCGGAGCAGCACCGCUGCAGCAAGGUGUGUAAUCGAUCCAACUGGCGAAAACUAG